UCAUUCCUCAUAAGGAACUUGUGAGACUCAAGUCGAUUAGAGUCGAUUACAGAAAAUAAAUGAAUCCGUUAUUUUAAAAUCCACAAUUGUGGAAACAUCACCAGAAGUGCAAUAAUUAGUCCAUCCUUAGUUUUUUUAAUUACCGAGAAAGUGCAGUCUUCCAGGGGCUGACCUCGAGACCUCAGAUCUAUUGAAAGCCCUUAUAUUUGUGAAGUGUUUGAUUGACUCCAGAGGGUCCACAGUCUAUCCAGAAAAUAAAAAAAGUUAUUCCCUUCGAAUUCACCGAUAUUUCCAGAAUUCUCACUCUCAGGUGUCAUCGAUCGUCAAUUUUGGGAUCAUGAAUCUUUGGGACUCGAGACUUGUGUUAUUCUUCUCAUCCACGAGACGAUAGUCAAUAAACCGAGAUGAUUCCUCGAGACAUUCUCUGAAAAAUCGUUUUUCUGUUUUUCUACUGGAAUUUUCGUAAUUGUAAACAAUGGGAUUUGACGUCAAUCGGUUCCAAGGGGAAGUCGAUGAGGAACUUAUUUGCCCCAUCUGCUCUGGAGUUCUUGAGGAUCCUGUACAGAUGAGUGAUGUGUUGCAGGCUCAAGUAUGUGAACACGCAUUCUGUCGCCUCUGCAUAAACGAGUGGAUAAAUCGUCAGCCCACGUGUCCGUUGGACAGGAUUCCAAUAACUUCAGCACAGCUUCGACCAGUGCCGAGAAUUCUUCGCAAUCUUCUGGCUCGUCUCUGCAUCAACUGUGAUAACAUGAGGUACGGCUGCCAGGCUGUCAUCAAGCUUGACAGUCUAGUGAGUCACCUGGAGGAAUGUGAAUUUAAUCCGAAGAGACCAGUCCCCUGUGAGCAAGGCUGUAGCCUAAUAAUUCCGAAGGACGAGCUGAAGGAUCACAACUGCGUGCGAGAGCUCCGAAGUCUCAUUCAGUCCCAGCACCAGAAGCUCAGUGACAUGAAGAGAGAACUUGGUGAGCAACAGUUUCAGAUAAACGAGCAGAGGAGGGAGAUUAAUUUAUUGAAGGACUUCAUGCGUGCCAUGAGAGUCUCCAAUCCUGCCAUGAGAGCCAUUGCUGAUCAGAUGGAGAGGGACGAGGUUGUCAGAUGGUCAUCAACAUUACCCAGGGCUAGGGUCACCAGAUGGGGUGGUAUGAUCUCCACACCCGAUGAAGUGCUGCAGACGAUGAUCAAGAGAACAUUAUCAGAGUACAACUGCCCACCCCACGUCAUCGAUGAACUCAUGGAGAACUGUCACGAAAGAAAGUGGCCACCUGGUCUUAAUUCCCUCGAGACACGACAGAAUUCACGGAGACAGUAUGAGAAUUAUGUGUGCAAACGUGUGCCUGGGAAGCAAGCGGUUUUGGUCCUCUAUUGCGAUAAUGCUCAUAUGCCUGAGGAUAUGAUGGUUGAGCCUGGACUUGUCAUGAUUUUUGCCCAUGGUAUCGAAUGAUUCGAUCGCAAUCUGGCAUUUGUAGUCACUACUUCGAGAUACCUGUGAGGAAUAUUACGUAUGGGAAAUUUUUAUUACCAGCAAUAUGCAUGCACAUGUCAUUGGGGACAUGCCUCUCCCUGGCAAAGGGACGCACGACAAAAAAGAAAUACUAAUGGAAAAAUUGAGGCCUUUCCGAAGGAAUAUAUUGAUUUGUUCCUCGAAAGAAGUUUUAAUUGUAAUUGAAUAGAAUUUCUUGGAGAAAAAGCAAGAUUUUUCUAUUAAUUGUUUUUCUCUCGUUAACUGGUGAUAAACUUUCGAAAAGUUUAUCAAGAUUAUUUUUUAGCAUAAAACCACGAAAUUCCACGCGUUUAAUUACUUUAAAUAACUAAGACUGUGAUAUCCCCAACUGUCUAUUGUCACAAUGAUAAUUACAUGCGACGAGUAAUAUAAUGUACACGCCAGUUUAAAAAUCUAUAAUGAGAAUAUAUAAUCCUGCUGCGUUUCACUGAAGCUAGUAUUUUUUUAAUAUGUUCCUCGGUUAUUUACAUUUUUUUACAACAUUCGGCUGUACUUGCUGUGUCAUUACUCGCGCUUAACUCGAUACUAGCUCCUAAGUUUUUGAAUACUUACACUUUAAUUUGCAGCCCUCCGUUUAAUUAAGUGUCCUCCAAAUUUUGGAUCUCCCCAGAAUGUUGUGUUUUUAUAAUGUAAUUUACGUUUUUUAAUACAAAAAAAAUAAAAGAAAGAUUACAGAA